CGCGCGAUUUUGGCUGCCACGGGAAAUAGCGGGAUUUGAUAAGUGUGUGCGCGGCGACGGAGUGGUUACGGAAACUAGGUUAACUGGCUUGAGAAAAUUGGACUACUAGCCUCUAUCCUAGAAGCACAUUGGGUUUCUGAUUGCAAGGAUCAAGGCCUCCAAGCAAAAUGAAGUUGAAGAAGGGUAUUAAUCCCAUUUUAUCAUUAUUUUUGCGAUUUAUGAUCAUGGCAUGCAAUGUCAUAUUUAUUUUGCCUUUACGGCUCUUUGGAUGUUCACAACGAAGGUCCAGAAUAAGAGCAAAAUCAAUUACCAAUCAUCCUGCUGGCCCAUAUAGAUGUGUGGAAAGCCUGGAUAAUCUAAUAGCAAACCUGUAUGCUGGCGCUGACACUCUGGAUAAAAUUUUUCAGUUUGCUACUGAUCGUUUUAAACAUAGGAAUUGUUUAGGAACACGUGAAAUUCUUAGUGAGGAAGAUGAAAUUCAGCCAAGUGGAAAGAUCUUCAAAAAGUUGAUUCUUGGGAGUUAUAAAUGGCUGACCUAUGAUGAGGUCUAUCGACGUGUUCUGCACUUUGGCAGUGGGUUGGCUGUGUUGGGCCAGCGACCCAAAUUCAACAUAGCCAUCUUCUGUGAAACCAGAGCUGAAUGGAUGAUAGCUGCACAAUCCUGCUUCAUGUACAAUUUUCCCCUUGUUACAUUGUAUGCAACUUUGGGAGGUCAAGCAAUUGCACAUGGCUUAAAUGAAACUGAAGUUACUCACAUCAUAACCAGCAAGAAACUUCUUCAAACAAAGCUAAAGGAAAUCCUCCUUAAUGUUCCAAAACUGCAACAUAUCAUAAUUGUGGAUGACAAGUCAGCUGCAUGGGCUGAUUAUCCUCGUGGAAUCAUGGUUCACAACAUGGCAGCAGUGGAAGUAUUGGGUGCAAAACCAGAAAACUUGAAUAAAGCUCGAACAAAACCUGCAGCUUUAGAUAUUGCAGUAAUAAUGUACACCAGUGGAUCCACGGGACUACCCAAAGGAGUGAUGAUUUCACACAGCAACCUUAUCGCUGGAAUAGCAGGAAUGUGUGACCGAGUUCCUGACUUGGGACCGAAGGAUACCUACAUUGGUUAUCUGCCUCUGGCACAUGUCCUGGAGUUGAGUGCAGAAACACUGUGCAUGGCAUGUGGCUGUUGCAUUGGUUACUCUUCCCCUCAAACCUUGGCUGACCAGUCUGCUAAAAUCAAGAAAGGAAGCAAAGGUGAUACAACUGUACUUAAGCCAACACUAUUAGCGGCUGUACCGGAAAUUAUGGAUCGAAUUUAUAAGAAUAUAGUAACAAAAGUAGAAGACAUGAAUAGUAUACAGCGAACUCUCUUUAUUGUUGCUUACAAUUACAAAAAGGAACAGAUUGCUGUAGGUUACAACACACCCAUCUGCAACUGGUUGAUUUUCCGGAAAAUACGUUUAUUGCUAGGAGGAAAGACCCGGCUCAUUCUGUGUGGUGGUGCUCCAUUAUCACCAUCCACACAAACAUUCAUGAACAUCUGCUUUUGCUGCCCUGUUGGACAAGGAUAUGGUUUAACAGAGACCUGUGGAGCUGGAACUAUUAGUGAUGCAUUUGACUUCACUACUGGCCGUGUGGGAGCUCCACUUCCCUGCUGUGAGAUUACAUUAAAAAACUGGGAAGAAGGUGGAUAUACAGUUUAUGACAAACCUCAUCCAAGAGGAGAGAUUAUUAUUGGUGGCCCAAAUGUCACCUUGGGAUACUUCAAGAAUAAAUCCAAAACAAUGGAAGAUUAUUUUAUGGAUAAGGAUGGGCAGUCCUGGUUCUGUACUGGGGAUAUAGGCGAAUUUCAAAACGAUGGAUGCCUUAAGGUCAUUGAUCGUAAGAAAGAUCUUGUGAAGCUUCAAGCUGGGGAAUAUGUUGCCUUGGGAAAGGUGGAGUCUGCUUUGAAGAACAGUCCAUUAAUAGAUAAUAUCUGUGUCUAUGCAAACAGUGAUCAGUCAUAUGUCAUCUGUUUUGUGGUGCCCAAUCAGAAACAACUGUUAACUUUGGCUCAGCACAAGAAUGUAAUAGGAAGCUGGACUGAGGUUUGUAACCACCCAGAAAUGGAGGAAGAAGUGCUGAGAGAGAUUACUGAUGCUGCUGCAAUUGCAAAACUGGAGAAAUUUGAAAUACCAUUAAAAGUGCGGUUGAGUCCUGAACCUUGGACUCCAGAGACAGGCCUGGUGACAGAUGCCUUCAAAUUGAAACGGAAGGAACUCAAAACCCAUUAUCAAGCGGACAUUGAACGAAUGUAUGGUGGAAAGUAAUACCUGCAUUCCACACAACCCAAAUAAAUAGGAAUGACUCUGAAACAUGAUUAUAACUGACAUCAGAACACAAUGUUUUCAAAACUAAGAUCUUAGGAUUAAUCAAAAAGAGAACAUCACAUUACAAAAUAGGUUACCCUGUAGUAUUCUUUAUAGAUAUUAACAUUUAUCCAGGUCAAGAUUGCUAAACCAUUUGAAACAAAAAUAAUUUGUUUCUUUGUGUUUGUGUUUAUAAAUUAUUACUCAAUUAAUGAUCCACAAGAACAAAUGUAACUACAUGAUCUCUUGAACCUCUAAUACAGUUGUGUUCUAGGUUGUGGAAACGUACAGUUUAUUUAUUAUACAUUUGUGCAAUGUUUAACUUAAUAGGGUUUUAAUCAGUGCAGGGCUUAAUCUGAAAGGGUUUAAGAAAUUGACAUAAAUAUUAUUUAUAAACGACUUCUGAUGCAACUAGCCUCUGGUAAGCUGGGCUGUAAAAAUCAUUAGUAUUGGAUAUAUAGGAUAGCCCUGCCUUGUAAUUAGUUAAGAUAAUGGUUUGUGCAAUUAGUUUGGGAAUAAAAAUUGGCCACUGUUAUAGCCAGCAAUGAUGAGUCUUGUUCGAAGUGUUCAUGUGAUUGUUAGCGGAGUACAGGAUUGAACUUGUCUGUGAUGUCCUUGCUCAAAUAUUCUGCCCACACUCACUGAUAAAUUCCAUGCAAGGAUUGUGGCCUCUUAGACAAGAUACUAGGGUACAAAAGCACUAAGCAGUCAGUAUCUUCACGGAAGAAUGGGGGGAGGGGUGGAAAUUAUUCUUGAGGAAAAGCCUAAUAAGCACUGACUUCUGUGACAUCUGGAACUAAGCUUAAAAAAAAUCACAUUUUUUUAACACCCUCUUCUGCCUUUUUGUGUAUUGUACUGAUUCUUUUUAUUUGUGGUAAAGUGUUAAUGAGGAAAUAAGCAAAAUCUGCUGUUAACUGCCUCAAAAAUGAUAAAUAGUUUUGCAUUUUAGUAAAGCUUGUGCAGUUGAAUGUUAAAACACUACAACAGAAAUGCAUUUGUAGAAGUUCAUUGAGAGGAUCCACUUUUUAAACAAACCAAUUCCGAACAGUUGUUACUGAUUUGCCAGGAUGGCUUGCUCAAUGAUCAUACUAACAUUUCCUCUAUGUUCUUGAAGUCCAGUUGUUUGAUGUAAGUAAGAACAAAAGGUUUCAGAUGCUGGGAAAAGAGAUGUUGCCCCUUAAAGUAUCCAGUGUAUUCAAAGUAGAAAUUUGUACUUUUGCCAUUAUCUGAUCAUUUUGCCUUGGUCUCCAUUUUGUAAUUGGCAAAAACCAAAAUGCCAUUAUUCUUGAGUUAUGGAAACAAAAAAGCAUGUUUUCCUCAAAACUUUCACCUUUACACUUUGCUUGCAGAAUUGAGGUAUUAUGGCUUUAAAAUGGACAUGCUGAAACAUCACCAUACAUGAGCUGUGACUUUUUAAAAACAAACAAGGUUGUUUUUUUUCCAUUUCCUGAAUUCAUGACUUUCAUGUUUGUUGACUAGUGUAAACAGAUCACUCAAUUUAAUUGCAGCUGUAAAAUAACUUUUGGAGUUUACAUAUGAUGUAGACAGCUACUUUCACUGUGAGAACAACGUUUGCAGAAAACAGGACCCUCAAAAGAGUAAUCAUUCAGCCUCUUGCUGAUUGUUGACCGUUCAGUUCUCAAGUUGGUUACUGUUAAGAAUGCUACUAUAAGUUUAAUUUUCUUCUGGCUAUCAGUUGUGAUUUCAUGACUAGUAGGUUUGUGUCAAUUGUAGUUAAGUAGGUAGAAUUUGGAAUGCAUGUCCAUUGAUUUAUAUAUAAAAUAUUGUGAACAUUUUUAAAACAAUGUAAUCAUGUUCACAAUGAGAUGGCUGGGAUGGGAGGGGGUUGGUGGUGGGAUGACAACAGCUUUUGGAGAAAUGAAUCCAAGUUAUUACUUGUCCUAAGAACAGUGAUUCAGUAGCUCAGUACAGUAAUGGCAAACACAAUUGUAAGUUCAUUGUCAUGGUGUCUCAUUUCACAGGAAUGCAUUGAACUUGUUUGUUUCAUAUGAAUAAGCUUGUGUUAUGUUUUGCGCAUGGUUUAUCGUUAGACUUUCUAAAUGUAAAUGUGAGGAGUGGGAAACAAAGGUUAAAAUGUAUAUAAGAUAAAACUGCGUACACUUGUGUAAAACAGACUGGUAAAAGUUUGUUCUACUCUACCUUGACUACUGUUCAUUUUAAGGAAUUAUAGUGUGGCACCUGCAUUAAAUCUUGGUAUUUAUUGGUUCAUUUCUAUAUGUAAAUACCUAUGGGACUGUAAAUUUAGUGCAAGUUAAUUUUUUCUUCCAAUUCGUCAAUUGUACAGUAAUCUUAGUAUUUAAUGUAAUGAAUUUCAUGACAAAAGUCUAGAAAUUUUCAGUGGACUUCCUGCAAACAUCUAUGUGAACUGCGUUACAAAAUAUAUUCAUUUAUUUAUUUGUAUUUGGAUAUGUUUUCAGUUAUAAAAUAAAGUUGUAAUUUGUGAUUUCCA